CUGCGGGCGCGGCGGUGCGGCGUGCGGUGGACCAGGCGCGAGUUGGCGGGAACGCGAGGAGGGCGUGCGGAGCCUGGCGUCCGGGCGGCGGGAGCCGGGGUCCCUCUUGGACCCUGGAGGACGGCCGGAGGUGGCGGGACCCGGCGAGGCCGUGAUGAAGCCGGGCGGCAAGGACGAGGCGGCGCUCGCUGGGAGCCCCUGGGAAGAGUGCUUCGAGGCGGCCGUGCAGCUGGCGCUGCAGGCGGGACAGAUCAUCAGGAAAGCCUUGACGGAGGAGAAACAAGUCUCAACAAAAACAUCAGCCGUGGAUCUUGUGACAGAGACGGAUCACCUCGUGGAAAAUUUGAUUAUUUCUGAGUUGCGAAAGCGGUUUCCUUCCCACAGGUUCAUUGCAGAAGAAGCCACAGCCUCUGGGGCCAAGUGUGUGCUCACCCCGAGCCCGACGUGGAUCAUCGACCCCAUCGACGGCACCUGCAACUUCGUGCACAGGUUCCCCACUGUGGCCGUCAGCAUCGGGUUUGCCGUCCACCAAGAGCUGGAGUUCGGCGUGAUCUACCACUGCACAGAGGAGCGGCUGUACACGGGCCAGAGGGGCCGGGGCGCCUUCUGCAAUGGCCAGCGGCUCCAGGUCUCCAGGGAGACAGAUCUCUCGAAGGCCUUGGUCCUGACGGAAAUCGGCCCCAAGCGUGACCCUGCUACUCUGAGACUCUUCCUGAGCAACAUGGAGCGACUGCUGCACGCCAAGGCUCACGGGGUCCGAGUGAUUGGCAGCUCCACACUGGCACUCUGCCACCUGGCCUCGGGGGCCGCCGAUGCCUAUUACCAGUUUGGCCUGCACUGCUGGGACCUGGCAGCCGCCACAGUCAUCAUCAGAGAAGCGGGUGGCAUCGUGAUGGACACUUCAGGUGGACCCCUCGACCUCAUGUCGUGCAGAGUGGUUGCUGCUGGCACCCGGGAGAUGGCGAUGCUCAUCGCCCAGGCCUUACAGACUAUUGACUAUGGGCGGGAUGACGAGAAUUGAGGACACAGAUGGCAGCAUGGCCCAAGGACCCGGGACAGAGCCUUCCUGGAGGCUGCCUGGAGGCCUGUACCCCAGGCCAGGCGUCUUCUCCCCAGGAAGGAGAUGCGGAGCUAAAGUGGGUGGCUAGCGUGUUGAUCCACGUCUCUCGCAGGACUUGGUGUGUGGCUGGCUUCCUGCUUUAAUCCCACAUAGCUUAUUCAGGUCGGUACAUGUUCUUCUGUCAGGGCUAAACCCAAAUCUCAGGAGAGACGAGUGGUGAUCCAGUCUUCCCUCCCCAGAAUGCAGACCUCAGGUGAUCUUCAGAAGUGCUGGUGGGAGCAGACUUGUUCUCAGGACUCCCUGCCCCAGCUUCUGCAGAAUGCAAUAAAUAAGAAUCACUGCACUCCA